UUCCAUGACGACACGCGCGGCGCUAUAAGUAGCGGAGCUGCGGCGAGUCGGGCUUUGUCAGUCCCCUCAGUCUUCCUCAGCCUCCGCCGCCGCCGCUGUCCCUCUGCCAGCGCUCCGGCACCACCUCGGGCCGGCGGUUCUCCGCAGGAGGGAGUGAGGUGGCGGGCGGCCGGGCGGGCGGCUGACGGGGGCGGCGGGGACAGCGGCGGGGCGGCCGGCGGCCCUGCACGCUCGGCGGCGGCGUCUGGUCUCCAUGGGGUCUGCCCGCGGCGCCCGUGCGCUCUAAGGUGGACAGCAGAUUGUGCGUUUGUCAGGACAUUUUCACUGCUGCAGCAAGGGCACGCACAUCUUUCAGUGGGACUUGGAAUUCCUAGAGAAUUGCCUUUGUGAAAAGCUGGCAUAAUUUCUUUAAAUUUCAUCUCUUAGUUUCCCUUUUUGUUGUUUCAGAAAGAUAUCAAGGAACCAUGAACAACUUUAGUAAUGAAGAGUUUGACUGCCAUUUCCUGGAUGAAGGCUUUACUGCCAAGGACAUUCUGGACCAAAAAAUUAAUGAAGUUUCUUCUUCUGACGAUAAGGAUGCCUUCUAUGUUGCGGACCUGGGAGACAUCCUGAAGAAACAUCUGAGAUGGUUUAAAGCUCUUCCUCGGGUCACCCCCUUUUAUGCAGUCAAAUGCAAUGAUAGCAGAACCAUAGUGAAGACCCUGGCUGCCAUAGGGACGGGAUUUGACUGUGCCAGCAAGACUGAAAUCCAGUUGGUGCAGAGUCUCGGGGUGCCUCCAGAGAGGAUUAUCUAUGCAAAUCCUUGUAAACAAGUGUCUCAGAUUAAAUACGCUGCCAAUAAUGGAGUCCAGAUGAUGACUUUUGAUAGUGAAGUUGAGUUGAUGAAAGUUGCCAGGGCACAUCCAAAGGCCAAGUUGGUUUUGCGGAUUGCCACUGAUGAUUCCAAAGCAGUCUGUCGCCUCAGUGUCAAAUUUGGUGCCACACUCAAAACCAGCAGGCUUCUUUUGGAACGGGCGAAAGAGCUGGAUAUUGAUGUCAUUGGUGUCAGCUUCCAUGUGGGAAGUGGUUGUACUGAUCCGGAGACCUUCGUGCAGGCCAUCUCUGAUGCCCGCUGUGUCUUUGACAUGGGAGCUGAGGUUGGUUUCAACAUGUAUCUGCUUGAUAUCGGUGGUGGCUUUCCCGGAUCUGAGGAUGUAAAGCUUAAAUUUGAAGAGAUUACCAGUGUAAUCAACCCGGCGUUGGACAAGUAUUUUCCAUCGGACUCUGGAGUUAGGAUCAUAGCUGAGCCAGGCAGAUACUAUGUUGCAUCAGCUUUCACACUAGCAGUUAAUAUCAUUGCCAAAAAACGUGUAUUAAAGGAACAGACAGGCUCUGAUGAUGAAGAUGAGUCAAGUGAACAGACGUUUAUGUAUUACGUGAACGAUGGAGUGUAUGGAUCUUUCAACUGCAUCCUCUACGAUCACGCGCACGUGAAGCCUCUUCUGCAGAAGAGACCCAAACCAGAUGAGAAGUAUUAUUCGUCCAGCAUCUGGGGACCGACCUGUGAUGGCCUGGAUCGCAUUGUUGAGCGCUGUAACUUGCCCGAGAUGCAUGUGGGCGAUUGGAUGCUCUUUGAAAACAUGGGUGCUUACACUGUCGCUGCUGCUUCUACUUUCAAUGGAUUCCAGAGACCAACCAUCUAUUAUGUGAUGUCAGGGCCAACAUGGCAACUGAUGCAGCAAAUCCAGAACCAUGACUUCCCCCCCGGCGUAGAGGAGCAGGACAUCGGCACCCUGCCUGUGUCCUGUGCUUGGGAGAGUGGAAUGAAACGGCACCCAGCAGCCUGCGCUUCAGCUCGUAUUAAUGUGUAGAUACCAUUCUUGUAGCUGUUAACUGCGAGUUUAGCUUGAUUUAAGGGUUUGGGGGGGACCACUUAACUUAAUUACUGCUAGUUUUGAGAUGUCUAUGUGAAUAGGGUUGGCACAGAUGCAGCAACGUGGAAGACUAGGCGAUGGGGUCACACUUAUCUGUGUUCCUAUGGAAACUAUUUGAAUAUUUGUUUUAUAUGGAUUUUUAUUCACUUUUCAAACAUGCUACUAAAGCGUGCCCCUCAGCUGCUGAGCAAGCGUUUGUAGCUUGUGCAUUGGCAGAAAGGGCCAGAAGCUCAGUGCUGUGACCUGUUUGAAGUAAAGUAUAGGCACUGGGAAAUGUC